AUGACGCGAAAGAAGGAGAUUUUUACGCCGCGAGACCCGGCGGGGAAAAAGGUGCAAAUGUACGUGUGCGGCGUCACGGUGUACGACUAUUCACACAUCGGUCACGCGCGCGUGUACGUCGCGUUCGACGUAUUAUAUCGACAAUUGAUGCGUUUAGGGUACGACGUGACGUAUUGCCGAAAUUUCACCGACAUUGACGACAAGAUUAUCAAGCGCUCAAAUGAGAGCGGGGAGACGUGCGAGGCGCUCACGGAUAAAUUCAUAGAGGCAUUCCACGAAGACAUGGCGGCGCUCGGAUGCCUGCGUCCGACGCUCGAGCCUCGUGCGACGGAGUGUGUGGAUGACAUCAUCGCGUUCAUCGAGCGUUUAAUCGCCAAAGGUAACGCGUACGAGACGGAAGGGGACGUCUACUUUUCCGUCGACACCUUGCCCGCAUACGGGGCGUUGUCAGGGAGAAAUCAAGAAGACAAUCGCGCGGGUGAGCGCGUGGCCGUGGACGGGCGCAAGAAAAAUCCAGCCGACUUUGCGCUAUGGAAGACUGCAAAACCGGGUGAGCCAACGUGGACGAGUCCGUGGGGCGAGGGACGACCGGGCUGGCACAUUGAGUGCAGCGCAAUGAUUGAAAAAAUGCUAGGACCGACGAUUGAUAUCCACGGUGGAGGCCAAGACUUAGUUUUUCCGCAUCACGAAAACGAGCUGGCGCAGUCUUCGGCGGCGUGCGGUUGUGGAGCGCACGCGGAUGAGAAUCCGUUUGUGCGUUACUGGGUGCAUAACGGCUUCGUCAAGGUGGAUUCUGAGAAGAUGUCCAAGUCGCUCGGCAACUUUUUCACUAUUCGCGAAGUGUUGGACAAGUACCAUCCGUUCGUGCUACGUUUCAUGCUUCUUGGCGCGCACUACAGAGCGCCCAUCAACUACACACAGCGCGCGCUGGAGGAGGCUUCCGAUCGCGUUUACUAUUUGUACCAAACAGUUCACGAUGUACGAGCAAUUCUUCGCGAUGCCGCGGCGGAAGAGCCAGCUAAAAAGCCGGUACCGCUCGUUGCGGAUGCGCUGAAGCUCGCGAGUGAGGCUGAGAAGCAAGUGUCCGAGGCUUUGAAUGACGACAUGAACACGCCCGGAGUGAUCGCGACGCUCUCCGCGCCGCUCAAAUCAAUGAAUGAUUUCAUGACCACCAAGGCUGGAAAGAAAGCAGUCGGUCGUGUUGGGGCGCUUCAGUCGUUGUUGAGCACUGUCGAGGGUUUAAUGGAGGCGGUUGGCAUGCCCAAGGAUGAAGAAAACGUCAUUCUUGCGGAGCUUCGCGCGCGCGCGUUGCACCGCGCGGGCUUGACUGAGGACGAUCUCUUAGCUAAAAUAGAAGAACGCAAUAAGGCGCGCGAUGCGAAAGACUUUGCGGAGUCCGACCGCUUACGCGACGAACUUUCCGCGCGCGGCGUUGGUCUCAUGGACGGUUCUGCGGUGCCGUGGCGUCCAGUUCCAGUCAUCGACGCGACGUAG